AAUCUUGGCGAGGUUGCUUCUUGACUUAAUUUUUGAAUGGUUGCGAUUUAUUACUCCCUUGGUAGAGACUGCCGGCUUAUGAAACUGUUACAAAGCUUAAGAUAAGGUUUUAAAGUAAAAUGUCUCAAUAAAGAAUAUAAAGGUAGAUACUAAUACAACGUAGUUUGAUAUUUUAUAGUAUUUUAAUCCACUGAACGUUUCAUGGAACCCACUCAUCUCCUCUCGCACUUCACCUCGACUUUGCACCUCCAAGCCAACCGUCUACGAUAACGUAAAUCGUGUGGUUGAGGAAAAAGAGUCCCAUAUUGAGCCAAUAAGGAGACGCGACCUUGAAAGCCCUUUCUCAGUGGGAAAACACCUCGAACGGUUGCCACAAAUAGGGGACGACAAAACUGCUAGAAAAUAUUUCGAGAAAAUUGACAAGAACAUGGCAGUUCCGAGCGAGCCGUUUUCGUUAACUCCUCACACGAAAGAACUUUUAUUUGAAAAUGACAACUGCUGACCAACCCAUUUUCUCUGUUUUGUCGCUUGAGUUCCCCGUAAUUCAAUUUUGUUUUUCCGUGAGUUGAUUAUGUUUUGCCGGGAGCAAAUUUAUCUUGAAGUGAACGGAUUUUUUCUCCCUGUCAGAUCUCUUUGUGUUGCCGUGAGUUUGUUUCUUUAAACGUUUGUUUUGCCUUGACAGCUGUCAAGUUGUGGGCCAAGAAAAAAGAUCGCGUGAUGAUCACGCUUGGCUCAGCUGAGAUACGAAUCGUUUGAUAGACCAUGCUACAUUCACCGUAUUUACGCCGUAACCUGAGCUGACUUUUGUCAGCUGUCAAGUUGUGGGCCACGAGAAAAGAUCGCGUGACGAUCACGCUUGGCUCAGCUGAGAUACGAAUCGUUUGAUAGACCUUGCCACAUUUACUGUAUUUACGCCAUAACUUGAGUUGAUUUUUGCCAGGUUCCGCAGAAGGCCAUUGUAAUUGAGAAAUGGAAGAUACUCUCGUUCGUAAUCCGAGAGACCAGGCAAGUUUUCUCUCGCAGCUGACUGCUUCCUGGAUAAACGAUGUUCUGAAACUCGGAAGCAAACAACCAUUAGAAGAGAAACACUUGUUUCCAGUGGAAACGUCCAAUCAAGCAGAAAGGUUGGUGGCUGACUUGGAGAGGGAAUGGCUGGCAGAGGAAAGAGCGUCUGAACAGAACCGAACAAAGCCUCGCCUGUGGAGGGCCAUGAUGAGAGUUAUUCCCUGCAGAGACUAUGUCAUUGUAGCGUUCCUCAGGCUAUUUCAUUCUAUAGCAUUUAGUAUUUUUCCUUUGAUUGUGUGGUUCUUCUUGAAAAGCAUUUCCACUUCUACAGAAAUCAAUUACACAGCAACGCUGCCGUUUGUUAUUGGUAUUUCUCUCGUUACCUUCAUAAGGACUUCAUGCUCAAAUCAUGGGGUCUUCAAGAUGGAUAUGAUAUCGACCAAACUGAAAGUAGCCAUUACUGGACUAGUGUAUAAAAAGAUUCGUAGCCUAAAUAGAAGUACUUUAGAAGAUACCAUUUCAGAAAACACUAUCAAUCUUGUUUCCAACGAUGCUCAAGCCAUUGAGAAAAUGGGUUUUGGUAUUUUUGAGCUUUCAUUUGUUCCACUGGACAUUGUUGCCUCCAUGGUUCUUGUGUGGUACUUAGUCGCAUGGCAAGCCUUAAUAGGAGCUUCUUUCUUUCUUCUUGUUGUUGCGUAUGGAUCAUUUGCAGCUCACAAGGCCGGAAAGAUACGCCAACAGUCCGCUGCUGUGACCGACAAACGAUUGAAGAUUAUGAAAGAGAUCAUUACAGGAAUCCGCGUGGUUAAGAUGUACGCCUGGGAAUGGAACUUUAGAGACCUUGUUGCCCAAAUAAGGAGAAAGGAAAUCUCACUGAUUCGUAUCCGAGGGUUUCUUGUCUCCAGUAUCUACGCCCUGUUCUUCUCUAGCUCAGCCAUGGCAGGAUUCAUUUCAGUCACGACUCUGCUUUUCAAAGAUGCUUCGCUGACGUCGUUUCAAGUCUUUACAUUGCUCACUCUCUUAACUAACAUAAAGAUGGUAGUCACGAUCUUUAUAGCAGAUGCAUUACGCUACAUUGCCGAUGCAAGAACUGCAUGCAGUAGGAUGCAAAACGUAAUAGAAAAGAAAUCCAUGCCAACGCGCAAACUGGAUUACCAAGACAAUCCCUCUACUUUAGAGGUUUACUUCAAAGGUAGAAAGUAUAAACCCCAAUUUAUUAGAAUUGAGAGCCUUCGAAAUGGAAAACCGGCUUUGCUUAGUGCUCAGAAACUGGAACAAACAUGUCAGGACAUCAAUCCACAGGUAUCUCUUGAGAAUGUUACAUGUGUUUGGAGCCAUACGUCAGAGCUUCCUACUUUAGAUAAUGUGUCAUUGAGUGCCACUAAUGGGCAACUUGUGGGCAUAACAGGGCCAGUUGGAAGCGGCAAAACGUCAUUGUUGAUGACCAUCUUAGGUGAAAUCCCAAUCUCCUCUGGCAAAAUUUCUUGUAUUGGAAAAAUAGCUUUUGUCUCCCAAACGCCAUGGGUCUAUUCUGGUACUGUGCGAGACAACAUCGUUUUUGGCAAAGAGUUCCAUGAGCAAAAGUACAAUAAGGUUAUCGAUGUUUGUGACUUGGAGAAAGAUUUAGCAAGCUUUACGAAACGUGAUCUAACUGAGAUUGGACAACGUGGAGCGAUCCUAAGUGGUGGUCAGCGUGCACGAGUUAGUUUGGCACGUGCAAUCUACUCAGAUGCGGACAUCUACUUAUUGGAUGAUCCAUUCAGUGCAGUGGAUGCCAAGGUCGGUAAACAUUUGUUUGAUAGAUGCAUCAAAGAGUUCUUAGACGGGCGAAUGCGUAUUCUGGUCACUCAUCAGUUGCAGUUUUUGAAAGAAACAGACAGCAUUGUUAUUCUGCGGAAUGGCUCCGUUGUCUGCGAAGGAACGUACAGUCGAAUGAAAAAGGACAAGCAAGUUGCUUCUUACUUUGUAUCUCAAGGAAAGAAAGAUUUCAAUGGCGAGCAAAACAAUGACGAGAGGUUUUCGGUAUUCAGUGAAGAUACCUUGAAAUCGAUGAAUUCCGCUAGAGAACACCAUGACAGGGUAGAUCUGGAAGAUGAAGCGGAGGACAGAAUGGUUGGAACCGUUAAGUGGUGGUUGUACUGGAAAUACUUAAGAGCUGCUCUCCCAACGGUUUUGAUAGUCAGUCUUACUGUGUUCUUCGCAAUUGUUCAGGUGUUCUUGAUAGCGCCCUUCUGGUGGCUCUCUCGGAUGACUGAGAUGCCAUUUGGACAACAGAAGAGCUACACAACGCUUUUGGUGUACGGAUCCAUUGUUACGGGCUCCUUACUUCUUACGAUAAUAUCCUCGUUCGGUUUCUACCUCGCUGCUCUGAAAGCUUCAGAAAACCUCCAUGACAAGAUGACAAAAGCAGUUAUGAAAGCACCAAUUCUAUUCUUUGACACUAAUCCAGUUGGUCGCAUCUUAAACCGCUUCUCUAAAGAUGUUGGGUGCAUGGACGAUAUCCUUCCAAGAAAAUUCCUUUUUGCCAUUCAGUUGUGUCUCUACUUUUUCAGUGCUACCAUACUUUCAGCAGUAGCAAAUGUGUGGCUUUUUAUCACUUGUACUCCGUUGACUGUUCUGUUUAUUUACCUGGCUAAGUAUUAUUUGAGGUCCGCCCGGGAGAUCAGACGACUUGAGGCGAUAACAUGCAGUCCAGUGUAUUCCCAUAUUGCUGAUAGCUUGACAGGAUUGGAGAUAAUUCGAUCAUCAGAGAUGGAGGACGAUUUCCUUCAGAAAUUUUACAAAUAUCAAGACAGAAACACGUCAGCGCUCGUAUUAUUGAAGGCCUCUAUACUUUGGCUCGCGUUUAGAGGAGACCUUCUGACUAACUUUCUAGUGACUUCCGUGUCAGCUGGAUCUUUGUUAGCAACACAAAGUCCCGCUUUGGCAGGUAUGGCUCUCACCUUUGCAGCCGAGACUUUAGAAGCCUCACAAUAUGGCAUCCGUGUGGCUUCGGAAACAGAAAGUUACAUGACAUCAGUAGAGAGGGUGUUCACAUACACCGAAAUUGAGCCAGAGCCUGGGUACGGCACUGAAACCCUUCCACCUGAAGAGUGGCCGACAACGGGCAGCUUGACAUUACGUGACUUGUCAUUGACCUAUUUGAAAGGCGUGCCGGCAAUUUUGAACAACAUAAGCGUCUGUAUCGCUGAUAAGGAGAAAGUUGGCGUCGCAGGUCGCACUGGUGCUGGGAAAUCAUCUUUAGUGACAGCUUUGUUCCGAAUGCCAGAACCUGAAGGAGAGGUCAUUAUAGGUGGUGUGAACAUCAAGGAUCUCAAUCUUCAGGCGUCUCGCAGGUCCAUGGCCGUAAUAACCCAGGAUCCUGUCCUCUUUAGCGGCAGCCUCAGGAAGAACCUAGACCCUUUCUCUUUGUAUCAAGAUCAUGAUUUGUGGCGUGCUUUGGAAGAUGUGCAGUUGAAGACCCUGGUGCAACAAUUACCUGACCAGCUGGAUUACAAGUUGAGAGAGUCUGGGAGCAACUUCAGUGUCGGAGAGCGCCAAUUGGUCUGUUUAGCGCGUGCGCUGUUACAAAGAAGUAAGAUCAUCAUUCUGGACGAAGCCACUGCUAAUGUGGAUUUCAAGACAGACAGACUGAUUCAAGAAGUUAUACGCAACAGAUUUAAAGAUUCCACAGUAGUAACCAUCGCUCAUCGCUUGAACACCAUCAUGGACUAUGAUAAAGUGUUGGUUAUGGAGCAGGGACGAGUGGUUGAGUUUGACAAACCUGAAGUUUUGCUUCAAAAUAAGAAUGGAUUCUUGGCUCGUCUUGUUCAGGCUUCUAACUCAGCUUGCCCUUAAAACAGUAGUCUUUAAACCUGCUAAGACUGGAAGAAAACGUUAGGGAAUUUAUUUCAAGAUACAAAACAAGGUCAGGCUUGGGUUAAUACCCCGUAUAACCCUUAUACCUAAAGUAAGGUUUAAUUCUGCCGGCGUCAAGGUAACUUUCGCGAGAGCUAUCUCAACCUUUUAGUUUUAUGACCGGACUGAACCCCAGAAAUUCGUCGUUCUCGCUAGAACUACCUCCGCAAAACAAUUUUUCCUCCGCUGUGAUUGUGUAGUUAAGACUGCAAACGAGCUUGGAGAUUUUUGUUUCAGGACGCGUGGUUCACCAUUUUUUGGUCUAAUUGUAUCCUCCACGUCUUACUCACGCAACGCGUGAGUAACAUCCGCGGAAGAACUCGGUAUCAUGUCUAAAAAUAACUUAAGAGGGAUUACCUUGGGUAUAAGGCUUAGAUAGGGGUUUUACACUUUACCUUGAUAUUUUGUUGCAAGAUCUUAUCAGCAGUAAACUAAGUAUCUUUUGCAGGCUAGAGGUAACUAUAGCAAAAGGUACUGAAAAAUAUCUUCAACAAACGUGAACGAACGGCUGAGUCAUCCAAGAGUUUUAAGGAUUAACUUAAUCUAAGGUUCUAGAAAAUGAUUCAGGGUGAAUCCUAGAAAUGCGUCAGGGGUUCAAUUUUCUCUGUAUGGGAUAUGUUUUUUUUUUUCUGACACCAAUCUGCGUAAACAACUAUUUUGAGGCUUAAAAAGUUGAAUUGUUUAAAUAAAUUGAUCUCAUAAGCAUUUUGCUUAUUGGGUUUGUUAGAUUUGAGACAAAGCAAUGGUUUCCUACCUUGAAAUAAUUUUAAUACUAAUUUUGUGUUCGGUUUAGUCUCCCUCGACUGCGGACUGAGAGUCAAUUUCUAA